AUGGCCUUCUUCUAUUCUUCCGCAUCCAAGUCGACCCUCCUCGCCCUCCUGAUCACAUACCUUCUGCUCUUGCUCGCCUCCGCCCCCUUCGUCUCCACCGCACCGAUCUCCCCUUCCGGUUCCAAGAAUGUCAACAUCAACAAUGGCAAUGUCAUGAACGGAUUCCGUUCGGGUCCUGCGCAGUACAGCACGGCGCAAACGGGUGGGGAAAGUGUCAAGGACUUAAACGGGAACGAUUCACUAGUCAGCAAGAAGAAGCGCGAUCAGGCCCAAGAUGCAGCAGGCGACGCGAUCGCACAGGCAUCUCCUGCUCCGCAGGCUGCAACCAAUAACGGCGCUAUGCUCUCUGGCACACCCGCUCAGAACGCAGCCGCGUACAGCAUCGGCGUCCCCGCUGCUCCGGCAUCGACACCUGUUGCAUCAUCUUCCACGGCACCGCUGGCAGCGCCCGUACCAGCCCAGCACGCAGAAGCAGCCCCCGCUUCUGACGUCUGGGGGAAUUCGAGCGGUGCAAUGGGCGGGGCCAACGGGCAGAUGCUGAGCGGUACGGCGACACAGAACAACGCUGCAUACAAUGAAGGCGUCGCAGCUAUUACUGCACCAUCUAAGACGAGGUAG